AUGGAAGCACAGACCAGUAUAAAGCAGAAGGAACACUUUGUCCGUCUCUGUCUGGUCCUGCUGGUGGAGCAGUUUGGCCUCCAGGCCCGAAUCCCUGUAUCCUGGUCCAACUUUAUAGCAACCGUUGCCUGCUAUGGAGCCCUCCUCUGCCUCUCUGCAUCCAUCAUCUUCCCAGUGUUCUUCCUUAAGGACCAACAGAACAGAGGUGUGGCUUAUGACCAUCGCAUCGCCUCCACAGUUUUCUCCUGCCUGGCAACAGUGGCCUACUUGUGGGAGGUGAGCCUGUCCAAGGCCAGGCCAGGAGAGGUGGCAGGUUACAUGGCUACUGCUCCAGGCUUAAUGAAAGUGUGCCAGACCUUUGUGGCCUGCAUUAUAUUCAUCCUGGUCAGCGAUCCUGUGUCAUACACCCAGCAUGCAGCACUGAAGUGGUGCAUGGCCGUGUACUGCAUCUGCUUCAUCCUCUCCAUGGCCGUGGUGGUGCUGUGUGUGGGAGAGUGCACCGGCUGUCUCCCCAUCCCAUUCUCUAAGUUUCUGUCAGCGUACGGCCUGUUGGCUGUUAUCAUGUAUUUGACGGCCACCAUCAUCUGGCCUGUGUUCCAGUUUGACAAGCAGUACCAGUACCAGUACCAAUCCGAUAAACUGAUUGCUGUCGCUGUGUUCACUGCCCUCAACUUCCUCCUGUACCUCGCUGACUUGGCCUACACCGCCAGAUUAGUUUUUGUCAGCGUCUGAAAGCAGAUGCAGAAAAGAGCUUGAGUGGCAAAAAAUUAUACAACGCUUUCAUAUUUUUUUCUUUACAAUGCUGAAAAUUAGAUGUGUUGAUGUGACAAAGCAGCCAAAGACAAAGAAUAUAUGUAUAUGUUUGUGCUCUGAUGGAUGCAGGACAGUAUUUAACCUUCAAUGUGAAAUGAUCUGUGUCAACAAGUAUAACAUGAGUGAAAAACAUCUAAAUAUGGAAGUUUUCCAGGACAGUGUAACGAGAAAAAAGGAAAAGGUCAACCCACUGGAACAUAAGGGAAAGAGGAUAAGCAUUUUCAUCACAGCUCAAAACAAAAUAAUUUUCAUUCUUUUUUUUUUUACUUUUUGUUACUUUUAUAACAAAAUAUCAGUAUUAAAAUAUUUGAAAUGGUGUUAUUGAAUGGUGAAAUGAAGUGUUAAAACAAGAAGCCAAUAAAGAUAUUUACUGUG